CUUUAUUUUGUGUGUUUCUUACGAUACGGUAUCAUACAAUGCGUGAAAAAUACUGUGAUUUAAAGCAAAAGAUCGUAAAGCAAAAAGAAUGCUUGAGACAUUGCUACAACCCUAAAAUAAAGGAGCAAAAGUUUGUAAACGAGGCAAACAGUGUCGCGAAGGUUCACGCAGAUUUGAGCGGGCUUUUGGAGCAAAUGAACAUAAGGAAGCUAAAAACACAGCAACUACAAUAUGACGCAUCGGCAACCGAGAACGACACCGUUUAUUUCAACAAGAUGCUGGAAUUAAUGUAUGCCACCUUUAAAGACGGCGUGCGAAUAGAUGACCUAGCUAGAGCGACUGAGCUAGGUGCAACAUUCGAUAAUACGGCUAUAGUUACACCACCAUUUCAACAGCAAAUACUAAAGGUUAAACAACAAAUUGAUAUGUUAUCCUUCGAAGUUGCAAAGCUAAAAUCAGUAAAUGAAGCCUUGGAUACUAUCUAUGCGAAGGAUCAAAUGGAGAUGGAGCUAGAUGAAGCAGAUAAUGCAGAGCUCAGAAAUCAGAACAAUCAUUCUUAUUGAUAAAGAUUCUCUGUAAGGCGUACUUGACUAUGAAUAAAACUACUGUGUUGGCUCGUUUGCGUUAGCUAAGCACAAAAAAGUUCUAGGUUAGGUUUUUUUUGAGAUCCCAUCCGAGCUUACAAACACUAUAAAUAUGCCGUAUUAUUCGGCAUAUUUAUAUUUCGGCCCUUGAUGUCUUAGCUAUUGCAUCUUUUUUCGCACCUGUGUAGCGGGUCUCCUGAACAUGCGCACUCGCAUCUCUA